AAAAAGGAAAUUCUAUUUCCCCUCACUUGGUUUAUCUCUAUGUGACUUUUUCUUUUCUCUAUUUUUUUCCCUUAUGAACAACAUCAAGCCAAAAUGUUCCAUUUGUAUGCAAACGUAUUCCAACGAAACCUUCCUUCGGCCUUGCUUUCACUCAUUUUGCUUUGAAUGUAUUUGUUAUUGGAUAAAUAUUACACCUGAAUCUGCCAAUUGCCCUAUUUGUCGACAAAGUAUUCAAUCACUUGUCUACAAUGUUGAUGAAGAAAACAAUGACUUUGAUGAAUAUUUUUUAAAAGACAGACAGUAUGAGACACAUGAACCACCUUUACGUCGAAAGCGCACUUUAUCUCCAGGCGAAAAAAUAAAAUUGCAAAGAAAACAGGUCUACAAGGGACUAUAUCAUCAAACUUGUUACCCUGAGCCUCUACCGCGUCAUGUCAACUUUACCAUCAUCACACCUGAGCAUAUACCAAAAGUAUUUAUAUAUAUAGCGUUAAAUAGAAUAAGGAUAGAUAUAAUCUCAUAUAUGUAUCAACAUGCAUAGGCCAAAGAGUUUCUCAGACAAGAUUUAACGGCUAUUCAUGAUAUGGAAUACAUUGAUCCUUUUGUGAUAGAUCACAUUGCGGAUAUCCUAUUGAUACCGUUUAGAUCAAAGGGUGCUAGAAAAAUAGACAUGCAUGAUCCUAUCAUUAUUCAAAAGACAGCAGAAUGGUUAGAAAAUGAUAAACUGGUAGCAGAACGACUAUUGAGCGAAUUGAUCGCAUAUAUAAAAUCAGGUUUA